AUGCAGGUAUGAACAACUUUCUGCAAGCAUAAUAUUGACGUAUUUUUAGCUAAAUAACCAGAUGUCUCAUUUUUCCCUAGAAGGAUCUGAGAAAAAUAGUGUGGACGGGAGGAGCUCGAUAAACCCAUCUUCUCAUGCUUUUCAGCAAAACUCUGUUAGAAAGAUUAGCAGGAAGCAGAAACUUUUUUCAGGAUUUGUGACCUCCAAAAACCUAAAGAAGUCCACUAAUGGAAUUGAUAAAAGGCUAAAAUAUCUGAACAAAAACAAAACUCCCAAAAUGGACCAAAGCGCAAAGACUCCAGUUGGAAUGAAGAAGUCUUCUAAAAUGAAGAAGCAUCUCAAAGACCUAAUAAAUAAGACUCAAGAGGAUGCUGACUUCCAGCUUCCGAGGCACGAAACAGAGCCAGUCAGGGAUUUAGCCCAGAGACCAUUCACCAAGAGCCUCACCAAUAGAGAAAUCUCUUCAAUGAAAGAGAUCAAAAAAACUUCUAGCAAAACCCAAGGAAAAGUUCCAAAUAGGCUGAAGCCGUCAAAUGCAGAUAUUUUUAACGAAUUAGCUGACAAACAUCCAACAAUUGAUAUCUCAGCUAUCCAAGAAAUCGGAAAAGGUCUAGGAGUAGAUCAAACAGCUUAUGAAAAAGAGAUCCUUAAUUGAAUGCUACUAGCCAAAGAGAAGGUCAAAAGAUUAGCUGGAAAGCUCCAGGAUGCUAAGGAUUACAUCAGUAAACUGAGGUCAAGCUUGGAUAACGCCAAUCAAAUAAUCUCUGAGUACUCAGAUGCCAAUACAAGUCUGAUUACCAGAAUAAAAGACCUAGAAGGUCAGAUAGAGUUAAUCAACACUGAAAAGCUCCAGAAAGCCAAACUACUAUCGACACAAGAAAUUAAAUAAAAUGAUUGAGGAAUCUCUAUCCGAAGCUGAUAGUGAAGCAAGCUUCCGUUCCUCUCAGGAUUUAGAAGUUGCUAAUGUGAGAAAACAGCUCAGAGGGCUCAAAUCUGAAGUUAAAUUUAAAUAUUUCCUCAAAAUCAACGAUCUUGACCCAGUCAAAAUUCUUUCAAUGCCCAAUGCAGAUCCUAUGCAGAAAGCUGGGAUGGAGAACCUCAGCUUUGAUUCUCUUAAUGAUAGUUCGAUCGAACCCAUAGAACUCACGUUAGAAGAUUAUGCAAAAUUUUCAUACCUAAUAUGACGCUUACUUGAGUUAGAAGAGAAGUACCGCCUCAAGACUGAAGAGCAAUACAAUGCCAUCCUCGAGCAGCAGAUGGAUAGGUGCAAAGUAGUAGAGAUGAGGGAGAAUGAAAUUAGGAAGAAGUUCUCCAAACUGAGCCAGAAGUUAUUUACAGAUCUAGAAAUAUCCCAGUAG